GGACAGAGGUCGCUUCUCCCUGUCAGGGCCCAAAGAGAAACCGGAGUAGGUGCUGACGUCCAGCCGCCAUGGGGGAACACGGCCUGCUGGGGCUCUGCGUUCUCUAUGAGGGUCCGGAGGACAGAGCAGAGAGGGUGAGCACUGGUGUAUGAGCAGCGUCAGGGAGAGCGUCAGGAGAGGCCAGUGCCCAGGAAACAGGCAGUGUGCAGGAGGAGCAGCGCCGGGGUGAAGGGGCGCGCGGGAGGUCGCAGGGGGCUCCCGGGUGAGGGAGCAGUGCCCAGGAGGUGCCGGUGUGAGAGCCGGCACCCUAGAGGAACGGGCAAUGUAAAGAAAGACGUGGUAUCUGUAGGACAGGGCAGUGCCGGGAUCAGGAGGCACGUAGGAGAGCUUGUCUAGAAGGAGAGGACCGUGGCAGGGGAAAGGGAAGAACAGAGCUUAAGGGGCAGGGCUCGAGGAGGACAGUGGGUUUGGAGUUAAUGCCCUGCUGAAGGGGCGGUGUGAGGGAAGAGAGCAGGGAAGGGGACGGUGCAGGCUUCCUUCUUCCCCAUGGUGACAUCAUGGCAAAUUCCCAAACUGGAGGGACCCGGCUCAGGUGACAUCCAGCUGGGACUAGCCGGCCCGGGCCGGCCUGGGUGCCAGCUGGAAGGGCUGGGUUUUGCGCCCAGCCGGGUCAGCGCCCUGGGGGCGGGGUGCUGCUCCCCUCGCCCUCCGUGCGGACUGUGACCUCGGCGGGCUCGCGGACGGGCAGGGUAGGGCUCGGGCCGGGCUUCUCUGGGCCAAGGAUCAAGGUCCCUGGCUGGGGCAGGCCCCUUGAGCAUUCCAGUCUUCCAGACCCGGCUUCUGAAGAGGGCGCAGUAGAGCCUCGGGAGAGAGCCGGACGCGACGCCACCUCGGUCGGAGGUGGGACCUAUCGUGUCACCGCCCCGGGCGGGGUUUUCUGGACCCGAAACCAGCCCUCAAUUUUGAAACCUCUCGGAAACCAUCGUUCGGGGCGGAAGUUAAGAAGCCCCGAGAGCUAGGCAGCGGAAGUGGCCGCCUUAGGCUCGUCUGUGCGCAUGCGUUAUUCUAUUCAUUUGCUGCGGCGGUCCCAGCGCUGCGUCUCCUUAGCGCCUCUCUUUUCCUCCACGCGAGGGGGUGCGCUACCCCUAGUCGUCGUGGUCGCGCGCUCAGUCCCUCUGCCUCUCUCGUGGCCCCCUCACCAUGGCGGGCAUCCUGUUUGAGGAUAUUUUUGAUGUAAAAGACAUUGACCCGGAAGGCAAAAAGUUUGACCGAGUGUCUCGGCUGCAUUGUGAGAGUGAAUCUUUCAAGAUGGACCUCAUCCUUGAUGUAAACAUUCAGAUUUACCCUGUAGACUUGGGUGACAAGUUCCGGUUGGUCAUAGCCAGUACCUUAUAUGAAGAUGGUACUCUGGAUGAUGGUGAAUACAACCCCACAGAUGAUAGGCCUUCCAGCUCUGCCUACGUGUCCUAUGGGGGCCUGCUCAUGAGGCUGCAGGGUGAUGCCAACAACCUGCAUGGAUUUGAAGUGGACUCCAGAGUGUAUCUGCUCAUGAAGAAACUUGCCUUCUGAACCACCCAGGAAGCUAGCCUUGCUGCUUAGUCACUCAGGUCUUGGAUGUUAGUUCAAGCCCGAAUAGCAGUUGCUGUUGUUCACCUGUUCACACAGGGCUGGCUCUCUGUCCACUGUGGGUGCAUCUUUAAGAGGUCUGGACUCUGGGAAACUGACUUGCCUGUGAAAGACCCAUUGGGAGAGCUUAAGAUGAAUCAAUAGCUGUUUUAUGUACAUGAUUUUUUAAAUUAAACUUUACUUUUUCAGA